CAGUGACCCAAAACUUCACAGUUACAUUUUGGGCAAGGGUGGCUACAUUUCGUGCUUGUUGGUAAUCAUCCACAAAAGUUAUGGCGCCCCGUUUAGCAAAUUUAGUUCACCCUCUAAACAGGAUACUUGGCAUGACCGAUUUGAAGUCCGGUUUACUUGGAGCUCAGAAACUGGGGUACUCUACUAUUACUCAUGAUUCUAGCGAAGAGAAAGAAAUCAAAGAUGCAAGAGGAAAUGAUGAAAUUGAUACAGAACAAAGAGAAUUACAGCCACAAGGUGUGGACCCUAGGAAGGGAUGGGGUUUUCGUGGUGUUCAUAAGGCCAUUAUUUGUGGAAAAGUGGGACAAACACCAGUACAGAAAAUAUUGAGGAAUGGUCGAACUGUGACUAUCUUUACUGUAGGAACAGAUGGUAUGUUUGACCAGAGGACGAUUGGAAUGGACAGAGCCAGCAAACCAUUGCAGUGGCACAGAAUUGCCGUUCACAACGAACAACUUGGAGCAUACGUUGUUCAGCAAUUGAUUAAAAAUGCAUGUGUGUAUGUUGAAGGAGAUAUUGAAAUGAGAGUCUACAAUGAUAACAUCAAUGGCCAAGUUAGGAAUGUUCCAGAAAUUUGCAUUCGACGUAAUGGUAUAAUCCGUCUAAUUAAUGGAUCAGAACCAGUUAAAGAGUUUUCUUUUGAAGGACUGGGGGAAAACUUAUUCUAGUGGUGCCAUAACACUAUUGUGUAUAAAGGUUGGGGAGUCUCAAAAGUAUCUCGCAAGAUUUUCAUGUCAAGGAACUUUGGAUCCAUGUCAAAUGGAGCUUUCCUCCUACAUGCUAUAUUUAUGCAAAUCUUAUGGAAUAUUCAAUAUCUAAGUAUUUGUUACUUAAAUGGCAAAUUCUUGUAGAUGUGAUAAUGUUAGGUUGGUUUAAGAUAUUAUCAUGCCAUUCAACUUAGUUUCUGUAGGGAUUUUGAGAGCUACCAUCAGCUGCUGUGAUAUUAUAGAGAAACUCUUAUUGAAUUGCUCAUUUGUUAGAGACUUGUGUGAAACAAUGGUCAAGAAAUGGCAUUUUAUUGCUUCCUCA